CAAGCUUCUCACUAUAAGAAAGAGAGAGAGAGAGAGAGAAACAAUCCACACAGUAGAGAGAGAAGGCAUGCCUUGUCGGCCAUUAGAACUUCAAGCCAAAGCAAAAAUAAAAACUUACUUAUCCUUUUUCCCAUAAUCAAUUUAAAUCCUUAUUGGAAUAUACACUAAUCGAUUCUCAUCACUAUCUCCCUCUCUCUCUUUCUCUUCACUUUUUCUUUCCUUUUCUGAGUUUCUCUCUUUUUAAAUUCUUGGGAUUGUUGUGGAGGUUUAAAAAGUUAUUGGAUUUGUAAAGUUCCUUUUUUAUAACCUUUUGGGUUUCUGAUUCUGCUUGAUUCCAGAUCAAAGCCAUGAUCUUUGUUGAUUCCAUAACAGUAUAUUUUUGAUUUCUUACUAUCAAAUCACUUUGAGGAAUCGAGAAGAGAAAGUUUUGUGAUACUCUCAUUUGUCCCUACAAGUGCACAGACUUUUACUGCCGAGGAGAUUUUAUUGGUUUUGACCUCUGCUUGGUGGUUUUGUCCCAUGGAUUCACAUUGGUGUUGAGAAUUAUUAUUGAUACAAGAAUGAAGUUGAGAGGAUCAAUGGGUUGGUGGAUCUUUGAGUUUAAGACAGAAUGGAAAUCAAUGUUUGUUGGAGUUUUGUUAUCCUUGACGCUUCUGGUUUGGCCUUCAGAGAGUUUAAGCAGCGAUGGUCAGUUUCUCUUGGAGUUGAAGAACAGAGGACUUCAAGAUCCGUUGAACCGUUUGCACAAUUGGAACGACGUUGAUGAGACGCCGUGUAAUUGGAUAGGUGUAAAUUGCAGCUCACAGGGAAGUAGUAAUAGUAAUCUGGUGGUGACAUCUCUUGAUUUGAAUUCUAUGAAUCUCUCUGGGAUAUUAAUCCCGAGCAUUGGCGGCUUAGUUAACUUGGUUUAUCUUAAUCUCGCGUAUAAUGAGUUCACUGGAGAUAUUCCUCGGGAUAUUGGAAACUGUUCGAAGCUGGAGGUUAUGUUUUUGAAUAAUAACCAGUUCGGUGGUUCUAUUCCAGUGGAGAUUAGGAAGUUAUCACAGUUGAGAAGCUUAAACAUUUGCAAUAACAAGCUUUCUGGUCCCUUGCCGGAAGAAAUUGGUGAUUUAUACAACUUGGAGGAGCUUGUGGCUUAUACUAACAACUUGACUGGUCCAUUACCUCGUUCUAUAGGAAAUCUCAUCAAGUUGACGACCUUUCGAGCGGGGCAGAACGACUUCUCUGGGAAUAUACCUGCUGAAAUCGGUAAAUGCCUUAGCUUGAAGUUGCUUGGUCUUGCUCAGAAUCUCAUUUCUGGAGAGCUUCCUAAAGAAAUUGGGAUGCUAGUUAAACUUCAGGAGGUGAUUCUGUGGCAGAACAAGUUUUCCGGGUCAAUUCCGAAAGAGAUUGGACAGUUAACACGUCUUGAGAUUCUAGCUUUAUACGAUAACUCAUUGGUCGGGCCAAUACCAGCAGAGAUCGGUAAGAUGAAGUCCUUGAAGAAGCUCUAUCUGUACCAAAACCAGUUGAAUGGGACAAUCCCAAAGGAGCUCGGAAAUCUUUCCAACGUAAUGGAAAUUGAUUUCUCUGAGAAUAUGUUGACCGGUGAGAUUCCAGUUGAGCUGAGCAAGAUCAGUGAGUUGAGGCUAUUGUAUUUGUUUCAGAACAAGUUAACUGGAAUCAUACCAAAUGAGCUCAGUAGGUUGACAAAUUUGGGGAAACUCGAUCUCUCCAUCAAUUCCUUAACCGGUCCUAUUCCACCGGGUUUCCAGAAUCUUACUUCUAUGCGUCAACUUCAGCUUUUUCACAAUUCCCUCAGCGGUGUAAUCCCUCAAGGUCUUGGUUUGUACAGUCCUCUAUGGGUUGUUGACUUCUCAGAAAACCAACUUUCAGGGAAAAUACCGCCUUUUAUCUGUCAACAAUCUAAUCUCAUUCUGUUGAAUCUCGGGUCUAACCGGAUAUUUGGAAACAUUCCACCAGGUGUGUUGAGAUGCAAAUCGCUGCUUCAGCUUCGUGUUGUUGGAAACCGACUCACGGGUCAGUUCCCAACUGAGUUAUGUAAGCUUGUCAACCUUUCUGCUAUAGAGUUGGAUCAAAACCGGUUUAGUGGACCACUACCUCCUGAAAUAGGCACUUGCCAGAAGCUGCAAAGACUUCAUCUUGCAGCUAAUCAGUUUUCCUCAAAUCUACCCAAAGAAAUUGGUAAACUCUCCAACUUGGUAACGUUUAACGUUUCUACAAACUCUCUCACCGGACCAAUCCCCUCUGAAAUAGCCAACUGUAAGAUGCUUCAACGACUCGACUUGAGCCGGAACAGUUUUAUCGGUUCCUUACCUUGCGAGCUUGGAAGCCUUCGUCAGCUCGAGAUACUCCGACUCUCAGAAAAUAGAUUCUCUGGCAACAUACCAUUUACCAUCGGAAACCUUACGCAUCUAACUGAGCUACAGAUGGGAGGAAACUUGUUUUCAGGAAGUAUACCUCCUCAACUUGGUUUACUCUCGAGUCUGCAGAUUGCAAUGAACCUGAGCUACAAUAGUUUCAGUGGUGAAAUACCUCCCGAGCUGGGUAAUCUUUAUCUGCUAAUGUACCUUUCUCUGAACAACAACCAUCUGAGCGGCGAAAUCCCGACCACAUUCGAGAACUUAUCCAGUUUACUCGGCUGCAACUUUUCCUACAACAACCUCACGGGACCACUGCCGCAUAAACCGCUGUUUCAAAACAUGACUCUAACCAGUUUUCUCGGAAACAGAGGACUAUGUGGCGGCCAUUUGAGAAGCUGUGACCGUAACCAGUCCUCAUGGCCUAACCUUUCAUCUAUAAAAAGGGGUUCUGCUCGUCGGGGGAGAAUCAUCAUCAUUGUUUCUUCAGUCAUUGGCGGUAUCUCUCUUUUACUCAUAGCUAUUAUUGUUCAUUUCCUAAGAAAUCCCUUGGAAAAGGCUCCUUAUGUUCACAACAAGGAACCUUUUUUUCAAGAAUCCGACAUUUACUUUGUCCCGAAAGAACGAUUCACUGUCAAAGACAUAUUGGAAGCAACAAAAGGCUUCCAUGAUAGCUACGUUGUCGGUAAAGGCGCUUGUGGAACGGUUUACAAAGCGGUUAUGCCUUCGGGUAAAACCAUAGCAGUUAAAAAACUCGAAUCCAACAGAGAAGGAAACAACAACAAUACGGAUAACAGUUUUCGCGCUGAGAUUCUAACUCUAGGCAAAAUCCGUCACAGAAACAUUGUCAGGCUCUACAGUUUCUGUUACCAUCAAGCAUCAAACUCGAACCUCUUGCUCUACGAAUACAUGUCACGGGGAAGCCUCGGCGAGUUACUUCACGGUGGGAAAUCACACAGCAUGGAUUGGCCAACUCGGUUUGCUAUCGCCCUCGGUGCAGCUGAAGGUCUUGCUUACUUGCAUCAUGAUUGUAAACCGAGAAUCAUUCACCGCGACAUCAAAUCUAAUAACAUUCUUCUCGAUGAGAAUUUUGAAGCUCAUGUUGGAGAUUUCGGGUUGGCUAAAGUCAUCGACAUGCCACAGUCGAAAUCCGUCUCAGCGGUCGCUGGAUCCUACGGCUACAUCGCCCCGGAGUAUGCAUACACUAUGAAAGUAACAGAGAAAUGCGAUAUCUACAGCUUCGGAGUUGUUCUUCUUGAAUUGUUAACCGGGAAAGCUCCGGUUCAGCCGCUGGAGCAAGGCGGAGAUCUUGCGACGUGGACAAGAAACCAUAUCAGAGAUCAUUCGUUAACAUCUGAAAUCCUUGAUCCUUAUCUAACAAAGGUAGAGGACGAUGUGAUUCUCAAUCACAUGAUCACAGUGACUAAAAUUGCUGUCCUCUGUACAAAAUCUUCGCCUUCGGAUCGACCGACGAUGAGAGAAGUUGUGUUGAUGCUUAUAGAGUCCGGAGAACGUGCCGGAAAAGUAAUCGUGUCUACCACGUGCGGUGAUUUACCUCCACCGGCGCCGCCGUGAAAAGAAAGAGUCGUUUCUUAACUUACUUAUUUUUGUGAAAUUGGUUAUGUAUAGAUUAAUAUGAUUUGUAUAGUCAUUAUAGAAAAAGAAAGAGCUCAUUUGAGAAAAGUGCAACAUAUAAAACUGUUGAUUGAAAUAAAAGUAGAAAUUUUUGAUAUUAAC